CAUACAGGUAUCAAUCCUUCAAAACAUCUAUUUAGGAUACUUGAAUACCAAAUCAUGCCGAAAAGAAAGCGUGAAGUUGGGGAUGCCGCAACGAAGGCUCCAAAUGCAAAGGUUGCCCGCUCCGUCUUGAGCACUGGAGGAUUUACAUCCAUUCAGAUCAUCACUGGUUCAUACAAUCGAGUUCUGCACGGAGUGGUUGCACAAAUUCCCCUGGCGUCUCAGAUUGAGGAUGAGACUCCGACCGAUGGAGACUCCGAAACCACGAAAGUCUUCUUCUCAGACAGCUUCCUGUUCCACGCCCACUCCUCCGCCCUCCGCUGUCUCGCUCUAUCACCAGCCCCUCCCCCCUCCGAGAACCAGACGCAGAAGCGCCUGCUAGCCACUGGCAGCACCGACGAGCGCAUCAACAUCUACCAGCUCUCCAACGCCCCUCCGUCGACCCUCAAGCCCCAGCUCCCGUCGAUCAAUGGCGCCACCCUGUCCGAGAACCCGAAGAAUCGCGAAGUCGGCAGCCUCCUCCAUCACGCCUCGAGCAUUACCGCCCUUCAUUUCCCGACGCGCUCCAAGCUGCUAUCGGCUGGCGAAGACAGCACGGUCGCGGUGACGCGAACGAGGGAUUGGACGGUCCUAUCGACGAUUAAAGUCCCGGUUCCGAAGAUCGUCGGGCGCCCCAGUGGUGAUACGGCAGGACCGGGCGAGGUGCCCGCAGGAGUGAACGACUUCGCAGUGCAUCCGAGCAAUAAGCUCAUGUUGACUGUGAGCAAGGGCGAGAAAUCUAUGCGAUUGUGGAAUCUAGUCACGGGGAAGAAGGCAGGCGUAUUGACCUUCGACAGAGCAGUGUUGCAGCAGGCCGGCGAGGGGAAGCAUGGGAGGGGGGAAUGUAGGAGGCUAGUCUGGGAUGAGGAAGGCGAAGAAUUUGCGGUGUGCUUUGAGAGAGGCGUCGUUACCUUUGGCAUGGACUGUAAACCCAAAGCACGGAUUUUGCCCACGCCAAUCACCAAAAUCCACCAAAUCCAAUAUCUCCCGGAGUCGUUUGGAAAGGUGCUUGCUGUGUCAACUGAGGACGGCCGAGUUAUUUUAUACUCGACAGCGUCUCCUGAUGAGCCCACGGAUUCUGCUAGCAACGGAGAAGCGAAGUCGGUCCCCGAAGAACAUGUUGCAGAGAAGAAGACGUCUUCUUCCGACCUCCCUAGUUGCGACCUAAUCGGGGUUGUAGGUGGGGACUCCAUGGCGAUCAGUGGACGAAUCAAGGACUUCCAAAUUCUCGAGGUACCCGGGCAGGGAAAACCGAGUGAGGAUCUGAUUCUGGUUACCGGUAGCAGCGAUGGAACGAUUCGGGUGUGUUUAAUUUCAAAGACGGACCUAUCGGAGCCAAGCGAAUCACCUGGCACAAGCGGAUCCGAGGAUGCGUCUCAACCAGAGCGGGAGAUUGGGACAUUCCUGGAAAGCUAUGAAACCAACCACCGCAUCACUUGCCUCAAGGCUUUUGUGAUGACUGGCAAGCCGGACGAGGAGGUUGAGGACAAAGAGGAGUGGGGAGGGAUAGAGGAGGAUGAUACCCAAAGUUCCGAGGAGAGCGAAUGAACAAGCCAAAAGUCUGCUGCGUAUGAAUUCCAUUGUUCCAAAUGCCGAGUUAGUUCUGUCCCUGUCUAUAAAUUCGUCGUCACCGUCAUACUGUUACUAUGCACCAUCAAUACCGGUGGACAUCCCUCGCACAACACCUCCAAGUCUCUCAAAUACGUGAUGCUCGCUUCCUCAUUCUCCCCCGUCCCUGCAACCGGGCUGGGCAAGGUGGUAAAUAUGACCGCCGUGUCCGCGCUCUGAGACCGCAUCAACUCGUUCAAGAUCAUAUGCUGCGCUCGACAGGGCAGAUCGUUAAAGCUGAUGGGAAGCGAUUGCAUAGUCAGGGCCAAGUCACGACUAUAUAUCGAGGUUUUGCCGUGUGACUUAGACCGGUCUCUCUUGCCAUAAGGUCCGUCUCGCUGCGUUGUGCGCUCCCCGUGAUCGGGUUGUGGAAGGUCGAU